AGCAGCCGCAGCCCGGCUGGACCGACGCCGGCGAGCCCGCCUCCCUCCGCGCGGUUGGCUUCCCGGGCUUUCAGGCAGUCGGUGGCGUCUGAGGAAGUGUUUAAAAUGAAGAAGUUUAAUUUCCGAAAAGUUUUGGAUGGUCUAACUGCCUCCACCCCUGGCAGUGGUAGCAGCAGUGGCAGUAACAGUGGUGGUGGGGCUGGAAGUGGUUCUGCACAUCCAGGAGGGACUGCGGGGGUUCUCAGAGAGGAGAUCCAGGAAACCUUGACUUCAGAGUAUUUCCAGAUUUGCAAGACAGUUCGACAUGGUUUCCCUUAUCAGCCCACUGCAUUAGCCUUUGAUCCAGUUCAGAAAAUUCUGGCUAUUGGGACAAGAACAGGUGCUAUAAGAAUACUUGGGAGACCUGGUGUUGAUUGUUAUUGCCAACAUGAAAGUGGUGCAGCUGUCCUGCAGCUUCAAUUUUUGAUCAAUGAGGGUGCUUUGGUCAGUGCAAAUUCAGAUGAUACACUUCAUUUGUGGAAUCUUAGACAAAAAAGACCAGCUAUUCUUCAUUCUCUUAAAUUUAACCGGGAACGAAUUACUUACUGUCAUCUACCUUUCCAGAGUAAAUGGCUCUAUGUUGGAACAGAAAGAGGAAAUACACAUAUUGUAAAUAUUGAAUCUUUCAUUCUUUCUGGAUAUGUUAUCAUGUGGAACAAGGCAAUUGAACUAUCCACCAAGACACAUCCAGGUCCAGUUGUACAUUUAAGUGAUAGUCCAAGAGAUGAAGGGAAAUUGCUAAUAGGUUAUGAAAACGGAACUGUAGUAUUCUGGGACUUGAAAUCUAAAAGAGCCGAACUAAGAGUUUAUUAUGAUGAGGCUAUUCAUUCAAUUGAUUGGCAUCAUGAGGGCAAACAGUUCAUGUGCAGCCAUUCAGAUGGUAGCUUGACUUUAUGGAACCUGAAAAGCCCAAGUCGCCCUUUCCAGACCACAAUUCCACAUGGAAAAAGUCAAAGAGAAGGAAGAAAAUCUGAGUCUUGUAAACCAAUUCUUAAAGUAGAAUACAAGACCUGCAGAAACAGUGAACCAUUUAUAAUAUUCUCUGGUGGGCUGUCAUAUGACAAAGCUAGCAGAAGACCAAGUUUAACCAUCAUGCAUGGAAAAGCAAUUACAGUGCUUGAAAUGGAUCAUCCUAUUGUUGAAUUUCUAACUUUAUGUGAAACACCCUAUCCAAACGAAUUUCAGGAACCCUAUGCUGUUGUAGUACUUCUAGAGAAAGAUCUCAUUGUUGUUGACCUGACACAAAGCAAUUUUCCGAUCUUUGAAAAUCCAUAUCCCAUGGACAUUCAUGAAUCACCAGUUACAUGCACAGCAUACUUUGCUGACUGCCCUCCAGAUUUGAUUCUAGUGCUCUAUUCUAUAGGAGUCAAGCAUAAAAAGCAAGGAUACAGUAAUAAGGAGUGGCCAAUCAGUGGAGGAGCUUGGAACAUCGGGGCACAAACAUAUCCUGAAAUUAUUAUUACUGGUCAUGCAGAUGGAUCAAUAAAAUUUUGGGAUGCUUCUGCAAUAACUCUACAGAUGCUGUACAAGCUGAAAACAUCAAAAGUGUUUGAAAAGCAGAAGGUAGGAGAAGGAAAACAAACAUGUGAAAUUGUAGAGGAAGAUCCAUUUGCCAUUCAGAUGAUUUACUGGUGUCCAGAAAGCAGAAUAUUCUGUGUAUCAGCAGUAUCAGCAUAUGUCAUAAUUUAUAAAUUCAGCAGACAUGAAAUUACAACAGAAAUAGUGUCAUUAGAGGUACGACUUCAGUAUGAUGUUGAAGAUAUUAUUACCCCUGAACCAGAAACCAGUCCUCCGUUUCCAGAUCUCUCAUCCCAGCUUCCUUCUUCAAGGAGUCUUUCCGGGAGCACUAACACUGUGGCUAGCGAAGGAGUAACAAAGGACAGUAUCCCAUGCCUCAAUGUUAAGACACGACCAGUGCGGAUGCCUCCAGGAUAUCAAGCAGAACUUGUUGUUCAGUUGGUGUGGGUAGAUGGUGAACCUCCUCAACAAAUUACUAGUCUUGCUGUAAGCUCAGCAUAUGGAAUAGUUGCAUUUGGGAACUGCAAUGGGUUGGCAGUGGUGGAUUUCAUACAGAAGACAGUACUGUUAAGCAUGGGGACCAUUGACCUAUAUAAAUCAAGUGACCUAUACCAACGACAACCACGGUCUCCUCGAAAAAACAAGCAGUUCGUCACAGGCUUAACUGAGCUGAAUGACAGUCCAGUCCCCCUGGAACUUGAGCGCUGCAAGUCUCCUACUUCAGACCAUGUAAAUGGACAUUGCACAAGUCCAACUUCUCAGAGUUGCAGUUCUGGAAAACGUCUUUCUAGUGCUGAUGUUUCAAAAGUAAAUCGCUGGGGUCCUGGAAGACCACCAUUUCGAAAGGCACAGUCAGCUGCUUGUAUGGAAAUUUCUUUACCAGUUACUACAGAAGAAAACCGAGAAAAUUCCUACAAUCGUUCUAGAAGCUCUAGCAUCUCUAGUAUUGACAAAGAUUCUAAAGAAGCAAUUACAGCACUAUAUUUCAUGGACUCCUUUGCACGGAAAAAUGACUCUACCAUCUCACCUUGUCUGUUUGUUGGAACUAGUCUAGGAAUGGUAUUAAUCAUCUCCCUAAACCUACCAUCAACAGAUGAACAAAGGUUUACAGAGCCGGUAAUGGUAUUGCCAAGUGGUACAUUUCUCUCACUGAAAGGAGCUGUACUAACAUUCUCCUGUAUGGACCGAACUGGUGGAUUAAUGCAACCACCAUAUGAAGUUUGGAGGGAUCCAAACAAUAUAGAUGAAAAUGAAAAAUCAUGGAGAAGGAAGGUAGUCAUGAACUCAUCCUCUGUAUCCCAAGAAGCAGGAGAUCAUCAGUAUACAAUAAUCUGCUCAGAAAAACAAGCCAAAGUCUUCUCACUGCCUUCUCAGACUUGCCUUUAUGUUCACAACAUCACUGAGACAUCUUUUAUACUGCAAGCAGAUGUGGUGGUCAUGUGUAACAGUGCCUGUCUGGCAUGUUUUUGUGCUAAUGGACAUAUCAUGAUAAUGAGCCUACCUAGUCUUCGCCCAAUGUUGGAUGUUAAUUAUUUGCCACUGACAGACAUGAGGAUAGCACGAACAUUUUGUUUUACCAAUGAAGGGCAGGCAUUAUACCUCGUCUCCCCUACUGAAAUUCAGCGGUUAACAUACAGCCAAGAAAUGUGUGAUAAUCUACAGGACAUGCUAGGAGAUUUGUUUACUCCCAUAGAGACACCAGAAGCUCAAAAUAGAGGCUUUCUCAAGGGGCUUUUUGGUGGAAGUGGACAAACAUUUGACAGAGAAGAGCUCUUUGGGGAAGCUUCAGCAGGAAGAGCAUCCCGCAGCCUUGCACAACACAUUCCAGGACCAGGUAGCAUAGAAGGGAUGAAAGGUGCUGCCGGAGGCGUGAUGGGAGAGCUGACUCGAGCACGGAUUGCACUUGAUGAGAGAGGACAGAGGCUAGGAGAGCUGGAAGAGAAAACUGCAGGCAUGAUGACCAGUGCAGAAGCAUUUUCCAAACAUGCCCAUGAGUUAAUGCUGAAAUACAAGGAUAAGAAAUGGUAUCAAUUCUAAACUUCUAAGGAAGCUGUGAUUGCUUUGAGAAACCAUUAUUCAGGGAAACCAAAUUUAUUCCCAGCAUCACUAUUCAACUGCUAGAAGCCAAUUUCUUCUACAAAAUGUUCCAUUACAGUCAAUCUGAAGUUAUCAUAAAGGAGAUGUGUCAGAGACACAGUACAACCCAAAGGCUGGAGCCCUGGUUAAAAUCCCAAGAUACGUCCGAAUUUGUCUUUACCCACGUGGAAUAGAGCUACCAUCUUGGCAUGUCAUUUGCUAAGGAUUUACAUUUAGGAACUAUGGGGAGUCCUUUUGAUUUGAAAAUUCCUGUACAAACAAAAGCAUUAAUGCACUUAAUGAAAAAAAAAUCUUUGCAUGAUAAAUUAACAUCUUAAGAGGAAAAGAAAAAAAAAGAGCAUGUUGUGAGAAAAGAGAAAAAGAUUUAUGGUAAACUAUUUCUAUAAAUUGGGCCAUACCUGAUAAUUUUAAAAAUCUGCAUAAGAAGAUUGAUCAGUGCAUUUCAAAUAUAUUUCCUAUUGAGAAGGUAAAAAAAAAACAAGACCCAGAGCUUUCUUCUCAUCAGUAACUUUCAUUAUUCUAGGUCAUUACUGAAUUCUAUAGCAAGAGUCUGAUUAACAUUCUUCUUUCCCCAUAAUAUUUUACAUUAUUCAUAGUUCUCAAACAUAACCAAGUGCUGCCAGUAUAGUAAAUUAUUCCUAACACAAUUAUUUCCAUUUCUAUCACCUUUCAGAAUGGGUUGCUAUUUUUAGCACAAAUCAUGCAGGAUUGGAUCAUCUCAAAGCAUUUUUUUAGCCUGGCUGUACUCUGCAGGGGAGUUGAUUAUAGGUUUGGAGAAACUACAGGAAGUUAGCUGUGAGAACCAAUUUCACACAAAGUGAAAUUUCCCAUACCCCAAUUUCAGUUUCUAAAGCUAUAUAUUUUUUAAUUCCAUUUGUAUCCUUGUCUGCCAGUUACACAGUAUAUUACUGUUCAAACCCAGUGGGGUCUACAACUCAAAGGUGCUUUUGCAGCCUGACAUUCACAGACCAAACUGGUCAUUCUCUUUAGUGUGAUUCAGUAAAACCUCAGUUAAUCUUUUUGGAAAGGGAUUCUGAUUUACCCUUCUGAUUAACAAGGGCUUUCAUUAGAAAAUACUUUUUGGUUCAAUACUUAUGUUGGAAAUCUUUAUAAAAUGUAAUAUUGUUUCUAUUAUCUUGGCCUCAGUCAUCGUUUUGGACAAGAAAAAUACAUAGUUUAACAAUACAAAAUCAAUAAUUUUGUCUCCAAUUAGGUAAAAUAAUAUAAGCCACAGGAUUAUAUCAAUAGAUGCCAAACACCUUCUCCUUAUUAAAAACUCUUUUUAAAAAUGGAAUAGAAUGUCUUUAACAUGAUUAGAAAGUAUCAUAAUUCAGCAGAGAAUCACUAGAGGCAAAACAAUAUAAAGACACUUAGUAUUGUUUAAUAUGAUUCUGGAAGUCAAAAGUCCUAGGAAAGCAUAUAUACAUAUUCAGGACCCAUCAUGUAAUAUGCUGUUUCUUCAAAAAGAAUCUUUUCUUGAAUUAUGGGUUUAGCUUAUUAAAUUUUGACUAAUCAAGUUCUUAUUGAAUUUCCAUUUUUAUUCUUAGGAAUUCACCAUUUUCCUAGGGACUGGGUUAUUUUGAUUGCCAAAAAUAGUAGUUUAUUUUUGUUUGUGGCACUUACUGACAAUCUUCUCGGUAAUUUGGGGAAGCAAGAUGAUUCAAAGAGUCAGAAAAUGUAUGCUAGGACUGCAUUUCUGAGGGUCCUUGAAUUCUCCUGAUUUUUUUUUUUUUUUUUAAAGUCUCUCCAUGAACCUUCCAGAUUCCUGUGACCAGCCUUAGGGUUAACAGAACCUGGCCUGGAAAUACAGGCAUAAUAUGACUAUGUAACUUAUGUAAUUAUAAAAUUAUAUAGUAAAAAUUUUAAACUUGAGUCCAGGAUCUGGAAAACAUUGGCAGCCAAAUUGAAAUGUACUAUUUGUACCUAUCAGUUUUCAGGACUCAGUUUCUGAUUUUCAGAACACUUUAUCAUUUCUGUAUUUUAAAAAACCUAAAGGAGUGAAAUAUUAGUUUAUUUUAGAAAUAUAGUAGAACCUCCAUAGUGACCACCUCCUUAAAUUGAACUAAUUUUCAUAAACCAGGCAUGAACCCCAUGUCAGUAUCAGUACAGUAGACCUAGGUCCUUAUGAUGACCACCUCUGUAUGUUGAUCAAUUUGUUAC